AACUGUCCGGCGUCCCGGCUGGAGCGAAGGGGCGUGGCCAGAUCGGAUGUUGGGGGCGAGGUUAAGCAAAGGCGGGACUUCGAGGCCAGGAUGGGCGAGGCCUAGCGAUCCCAAAGGCCGCCCGGGUCGCUAGGGGCGAGUCAGGCGAAAAGACUGGCGGGGUUUCGUGAGGGGAGGAAGCUUGGGAGCAAUCGUCACGCACGGGGCGGAGUCUCGUGUCGUGUGGGCGGGCAUUGCGGUGGGGGGCGGGGCUUCGCGUCGUUUGGGCGGACGUUGCGGCAAGGGGCGGGCACAGCGCGCGCGCUCCAAGAUGGCCGCGGCCAGUGCGGCCGGACCGGUGGCGAAUGUGUUCCCGUUCCGCGAUGCCCGCGCCGCGCCAGACCCAGUGCUGGAGGCCGGCCCGGAGGCACACGGGCCACUGCCAGUGCCACUGGUGCUGGACAACGGGUCGUUCCAGGCCCGAGCCGGCUGGGCAUGCCCCGGGCCGGACCCGGGCCCCGAGCCGCGCCUGCAGUUCCGCGCUGUGUGCGCCCGCGGGCGUGGCGGGGCUCGGGGCGGAGCGGGCCCGCAGGUGGGCAACGCGCUUGGCAGCCUGGAGCCGCUGCGCUGGAUGCUGCGCUCGCCCUUCGACCGCAACGUACCGGUCAACCUGGAGCUGCAGGAGCUGUUGCUUGACUACAGCUUCCAGCACCUGGGUGUCUCCUCACAGGGCUGUGUCGAUCAUCCCAUAGUUUUGACGGAAGCUGUGUGCAACCCGCUGUAUUCUCGACAAAUGAUGUCCGAGCUUCUUUUCGAGUGCUAUGGGAUUCCUAAGGUUGCCUAUGGAAUAGACAGCCUCUUCAGCUUCUACCACAAUAAGCCAAAGAACUUGAUUUCCAGCGGCCUCAUCAUUUCAUCUGGUUACCAGUGUACCCAUAUUUUACCCAUCUUAGAUGGGAGGUUAGAUGCUAAAAACUGCAAACGCAUCAAUCUGGGGGGAAGCCAAGCAGCUGGCUACCUCCAGCGUCUCCUGCAGCUGAAAUACCCUGGGCAUCUGGCAGCCAUCACUCUCAGCCGCAUGGAGGAGAUCCUGCACGAGCACAGCUACGUUGCUGAAGAUUAUGUGGCAGAACUGCAGAAAUGGCGGUGCCCUGAUUAUUACGAGAACAACGUCCACAAGAUGCAGCUCCCGUUUUCCAGCAAGCUCCUGGGCAGCACUCUGAGCUCCGAGGAGAAGCAGGAACGGCGGCAGCAGCAGCUGCGGCGCCUGCAGGAGCUCAAUGCCCGCCGGCGAGAGGAGAAGCUACAGCUGGACCAGGAGCGGCUGGACAGACUGCUCUGCGUGCAGGAACUUCUAGAGGAUGGCCAGAUGGAUCAGUUUCACAAGGCUCUGAUAGAGCUGAACAUGGACUCCCCAGAAGAGCUGCAGUCCUACAUACAGAAGCUCAGCUCGGCCGUGGAGCAGGCUAAGCAGAAAAUCCUUCAAGCAGAAGUCACCCUCGAGGUGGAUGUGGUGGACAGCAAGCCAGAGACCCCUGACCUGGAGCAGCUCGAGCCGACUCUGGAAGACGUGGAAAGCAUCAAUGAUUUUGAACCCUUGUUUUCGGAGGAAACCCCUGAGGUGGAGAAGCCAGUCGCCACUGUCCAGCCCGUGUUUAACUUGGCAGCCUAUCAUCAGCUGUUUGUUGGGACAGAAAGAAUUCGGGCUCCAGAAAUUAUCUUCCAGCCGUCUCUCAUCGGGGAAGAGCAGGCGGGGGUCGCAGAGACCCUUCAGUACAUCCUGGACAGGUACUCCAAGGACGUUCAGGACAUGCUGGUUCAGAACGUUUUCCUCACCGGUGGGAACAUGAUGUACCCUGGGAUGAAAGGUAGAAUCGAGAAGGAGCUGUUGGAGAUGAGGCCCUUUCAGUCUUCUUUUAAGGAAAUGCCACAGGACGGGCGGAGGCUUCCUUCUGGAAGGAAGAUUUUGGAAACCAUCUAGAAGAAGUGUACUGGGAUUCUCCCCAUAGCCAUUCUCCAACCUGGACAACAAGAGUUGUCUGGAAGAUGCAUUCACCUGCUUGGUUCUUUCCAGCCUGAGUAACAUUUUGUUGAACACUUGGCUGGGAGGGGGCUGUAUUGGAUCCUGCCAGCCCUCUCCCAGCCUGGACAACCAUCUGGGGAUUGCCCAGGAGCCAAGUUGAUGGGCAUUCCUCAGUCUAGACGAACCUCUGGAAACUCUUCAACUUUAGUUUGGGAGGAGGAGUUUACUUGAUGAUCAUUCCCCACCUUGGAACACCAGCAGUUCUUUGGACUGGGUCAAAUAGAAGUGUUGUUAAAUCUAGAAGGCGUUAUCCUUGCCAGCAAAUGUCCAUGCCCUCGUCAGUAUUCACAGUAAAGGAUGUUCCAAGAGUAUGAACUGAGGAAGUCUUUUUUGUUGAUAGCGGUCCUGUCAGGCUUUGUCAUAGGCCUUCCCGUCAGCCAUUGUGAAAAGGCACACCCAGUUGCUAAAGUACACAAAGAAUCUGAAUAAAACCAAAACAUUUACAAAGACCCCCCCCACCCCCCCCGAGGAGGAGGAGA